AUGAUGAUAACUUUAAAAUUAUUUUCUUUAUUUCUUGUUCUCUCAAAUGUAAUAAUUGUAAAUGCUACAUUUUUCAAAAGUUUAGACUUGAACCUCGUCGACCAUCAAGGUUUUAAAGAAAGAGUUAAAAUUAGCAGAAAUAGUGUGAAUAACAUCGAAAGUGAAGAGUUUCAUGUUGCCCCUCAAGGUUUUUCUCCAUCAUCUGCUUCUUCACAUGGCUACACCGAUCCACAUAGUAGAGAUUUAUAUGAGUUGAAUCCACUGGUUGAUUCAAAGAAUAUAAUCAAUACUCCAACUCAUAAAUUCAUUAUUAGUAACGAUAAAAUUACGAGGUUUCGUGUUCUUCCUAAAGGACCUGUUCUACCUUCUGGACCAUCGCAUGGUUGCAGUACACCAUCUUGUGGAGAUCCAGAUAGCCUAAAUCCACCAAUUGAGGCGAAUAAUGUAUUCAGAGAUUGGGUUCACAGAUAUAUUGUUAGCAACAUCAAAAACAAAGAAUUUCAUGUUGCCCCUCAAGGUUCUUCCCCAUCAUUUGCUUCUUCAAGUGGCUGCAGUGAUCCACCUCGUAGAGAUUUACAUGAGUUGAAUCCACUGGUUGAUUCUAAGAAUGUAAUCAAAGCUCCAAUUCAUAAAUUCAUUAUUAGCAAUGAUAAAAUCACGAGUUUAGGCUUGAACUUCGUCAACCAUCAAGGUUUCAAAGAAAGAGUCAAAAUUAGCAGAAACAGUGUGGAUAACAUCGAAAGUGAAGAGUUUCAUGUUGCCCCUCAAAGUUUUUCUCCAUCAUCUUCUUCACAUGGCUACACCGAUCCACAUCGUAGAGAUUUAUAUGAGUUGAAUCCACUGGUUGAUUCAAAGAGUAUAAUCAAUACUCCAACUCAUAAAUUCAUUAUUAGCAACGAUAAAAUCACGAGGUUUCAUGUUCUUCCUAAAGGACCUGUUCCACCUUCUGGACCAUCGCAUGGUUGCAGUACACCACCUUGUGGAGAUCCAGAUAGCCUAAAUCCACCAAUUGAGGCGAAUAAUGUAUUCAGAGAUCGGGUUCACAGAUAUAUUGUUAGCAACAUCAAAAACAAAAAAUUUCAUGUUGCCCCUCAAGGUUCUUCCCCAUCAUUUGCUUCUUCAAGUGGUUGCAGUGAUCCACCUCGUACAGAUUUACAUGAGUUGAAUCCACUGGUUGAUUCUAAGAAUGUAAUCAAAGCUCCAAUUCAUAAAUUCAUUAGUAGCAAUAAUAAAAUCAUGAGGUUUCAUGUUCUUCCUAAAGGACCUGUUCCACCUUCUGGACCAUCUCAUGGUUGCAGUACACCACCUUGUGGAGAUCCAGAUAGCCUAAAUCCACCAAUUGAGGCGAAUAAUGUAUUCAGAGAUCGUGUUCACAGAUAUACUGUUAGCAACAUCAAUGUUGCCCCUCAAGGUUCUUCCCCAUCAUUUGCUUCUUCAAGUGGCUGCAGUGAUCCACCUCGUAGAGAUUUACAUGAGUUGAAUCCACUGGUUGAUUCUAAGAAUGUAAUCAAAGCUCCAAUUCAUAAAUUCAUUGUUAGCAACGUUAAAAUCACAAGAUUUCAUGCUCUUCCUAAAGGACCUGUUCCACCUUCUGGACCAUCGCAUGGUUGUAGUUUCAAAGAAAGAGUCAAAAUUAGCAGAAACAGUGUGGAUAACAUCGAAAGUAAAGAGUUUCAUGUUGCCCCUCAAAGUUUUUCUCCAUCAUCUUCUUCUUCACAUGGCUACACCGAUCCACAUCGUAGAGAUUUAUAUGAGUUGAAUCCACUGGUUGAUUCAAAGAGUAUAAUCAAUACUCCAACUCAUAAAUUCAUUAUUAGCAACGAUAAAAUCACGAGGUUUCAUGUUCUUCCUAAAGGACCUGUUCCACCUUCUGGACCAUCGCAUGGUUGCAGUACACCACCUUGUGGAGAUCCAGAUAGCCUAAAUCCACCAAUUGAGGCGAAUAAUGUAUUCAGAGAUCGGGUUCACAGAUAUAUUGUUAGCAACAUCAAAAGCAAAGAAUUUCAUGUUGCCCCUCAAGGUUUUUCCCCAUCAUUUGCUUCUUCAAGUGGUUGCAGUGAUCCACCUGGUAAAGAUUUACAUGAGUUGAAUUCACUGGUUGAUUCUAAGGAUGUAAUCAAAGCUCCAAUUCAUAAAUUCAUUGUCAGUAACCUUAAAAUCACAAGAUUUCAUGCUCUUCCUAAAGGACCUGUUCCACCUUCUGGACCAUCGCAUGGUUGCAGUACGACACCUUGUUAA